AACCUGUCUUGACUUAUUCGUGCGUUGUUACGCAGUACUAAUUCUAUAAUAGACAGCGGUUAAGUUAACCUUAUUAAAUACAAAUUUGUCACCCUAACCACGCACGCUGCCUAUUACUAAGACACUGUUGUACAAUAUUAAAGUGGUUGCUAGGACCAAUCGACUAAAAACGGAGUCAGCUCACAAAAACCUGAUACAUCCUGAACGGAGUUUUAAGGCAGAAGGAGAAAAAAAGGUCGAAUUAUUCAACGAAAUGACACUUCCAAGUGCGGCUCGUGUGUAUACAGAUGUGAAUGCGCACAAGCCAGAUGAAUAUUGGGACUAUGAAAACUAUGUGGUUGAUUGGGGCAAUCAAGACGAUUACCAACUGGUCCGUAAAUUAGGACGUGGAAAGUAUUCCGAGGUAUUCGAGGCUAUUAAUAUAACGACCACAGAGAAGUGCGUUGUUAAAAUUCUAAAACCUGUAAAAAAGAAGAAGAUUAAGCGUGAAAUCAAAAUUUUGGAGAACUUGCGUGGAGGAACUAAUAUAAUAACUUUGUUAGCCGUUGUGAAGGAUCCAGUUUCCCGGACACCGGCGUUAAUUUUUGAACAUGUCAAUAACACGGAUUUUAAGCAACUUUACCAAACAUUAACUGAUUAUGAGAUACGCUACUAUUUGUUUGAGCUUCUUAAGGCACUUGAUUAUUGCCACAGUAUGGGAAUAAUGCAUCGCGAUGUGAAGCCCCAUAAUGUUAUGAUCGAUCAUGAAAAUCGAAAAUUGCGCCUUAUAGAUUGGGGACUGGCCGAAUUUUAUCAUCCCGGUCAAGAAUAUAAUGUUCGUGUGGCAUCAAGAUACUUCAAAGGUCCCGAAUUACUGGUAGAUUACCAGAUGUAUGAUUAUUCACUUGAUAUGUGGUCAUUGGGCUGUAUGUUGGCGUCGAUGAUAUUCCGAAAAGAGCCGUUCUUCCAUGGUCACGACAACUAUGAUCAAUUGGUGCGCAUUGCUAAGGUGCUGGGCACCGAAGAGCUUUACGCAUAUUUAGAUAAAUACAAUAUUGACCUAGACCCUCGAUUUCACGACAUUCUUCAACGCCACUCACGAAAACGAUGGGAAAGGUUUGUUCAUUCUGACAACCAACAUCUUGUUUCCCCUGAAGCAUUAGACUUUCUUGAUAAACUUUUGCGUUAUGAUCACGUUGACCGACUAACAGCUCGCGAAGCUAUGGCUCAUCCAUAUUUUUUACCUAUCGUCAAUGGACAAAUGAACCCCAAUAAUCAGCAAUAAGAGGUUAUUUCAUUAUGAUGAAUACUGUGUUUUCGAGAUCGGGAUAGCAGCCAUUUAACAUUUAUGAUAAUAAUUAUGAAAAAUAUAAAAUCUGAAAAGAAAUAAAAUAAAUUAAGCUACUGUCUUAAAAAAAUCUGAUGAACUGUUUGUAGAGGAAAUAAACACGGGAAUAAAACUAGUUCUUACACUAUAACCUCUAGUUUUUUAAAAAUUAUAAGUGGGCUUUAUUGUGCUUUAAAACUCAAAAUUUUGAAUAUCUGGUUUUUUAAAUUUGCGAUUGAAAGUAUUUUAUUUUCGAAUUUAAUGCAAUGGCUGGCGGCCUUAAGCCUUCGUCAGAGAAGACCCUAAACAAUAUUCUUGAGCGAAUAAAAAAUGCCUUGAGGCCUAUUUUGACCUUUUGAAAUUAAACAUACAUCAAGAACUACAUUUAAAUUUAAAAUAUCCCUUAAAUGUACAUUGACAUUACUUACUUUUUUAAAAAUUAUUUUGUAUCCCAUUAAAAAAAAUACCAACACAUUAA